GCUUACACCCAUGAUCUAGGUGGAAGUGGACUUAGAGAAUAUACUGCCUUAGAAAUAGGCUUAGUCAUAGUUUGCUUUCAUUACUAUCAGCACAAGUUACAUUAGUGGUGGUUUGUUUUCAUUCUUUUCAGCACAUAAUUGCCACCACUUUUUCCACGAUCUACCACAUCUUUUUGCAUUAUCUUUUGUAGUUAGUGUUCUGACUUGGCUUAUAAAUAGCGUGGUAACUAUUGAAUAAAGGCAGUAAGUUUAAUUCCCAGCUUCGUUCCUCUCUCAAGCCUUUGUUCUUCUACUUCUUGCUCUCUCUCUCUCUAACUGUUUUCUGACAAAUUCCAUAUCAUUAACUCCAUUACCUGUUUUUGUGAGAGAGAGAGAGAGAGAUGAAAGAACAUCUGUUACUAUGCAGGUUGUUAUGUUCUGUCUUGCUGCAUUCGGCGCUGACUUGCAAAACAAUCGCCUAUUACACUCCAAACGGAGCUCUGCCCCAAGAAGAAGUGUAUGCUAUCAAUGCCCUAUUUGGACGCUUUCCACGGACAUCAAAGCUUGAUGGUGCUAGUGAAUUCUCAGCUUCCGAUUGCAAUAACAGGUUCACCAAUUUGGUGAAUUGCGACUGUUACAAUGCAACGUGCACAGUUACAGGACUUUAUUUAUCAAGUACUGGUUUGAAGGGAGAAAUACCAAAGGAAAUUGGAAAACUUACUUCUCUUGAUACUUUAUACUUGGCUAAUAACAAGUUUAGUAAGAUUCCAUCUUCAUUACAAAAUUUGUCCAAGCUUUCAUCUAUAUUACACAAAGCUGCAAUCGCAAUCAACAAGCGAAUAGAUGUUAUUCUUGUCACUGGUGAAUAA